AUGUCCGCCAAUGCAUCGCGAAAGGAGACCUUGGGCAAAGUGUUCAAGAUGAUCCCACCAAUGCUCGAGAAGUUCCAUAAAGGUCAGCUAGGCCGAGUAGCAGUCAUUGGAGGCAGCGAGGAUUACACUGGAGCGCCGUACUUCUCAGCAAUGGCUUCCGCAAAGCUCGGGGCAGACAUGUCCCACGUUAUAUGCGAGCCAGGUGCAGGUGCUGUGAUCAAGACCUACUCGCCGAACCUCAUGGUACAUCCAUACCUGCGCCAGCAGAAGAAUCUGGCUCCGAACGAAUCGAUAGACAGCGUUUCAGAACAGGUGAUAGCCAUGCUGGAUCGAUUACACGUCGUGGUCAUUGGGCCAGGGCUUGGUCGAGAUCCCGCUAUGCAGGAGACGUGUGCUCGAGUCAUCACUGAAGCAAAGAAACGAAAAAUUUCCUUCGUCCUCGACGCCGAUGGCCUUUACCUCGCGCAGACCAGACCAGAGCUUGUACAGGGAUACAAAGAAUGCAUCUUGACGCCCAAUGUGGUGGAGUUUGGUCGAUUAGCAAAGAGCAAGGAUAUCGAUACAAGUAAAGAAGAGCCGGCGAAGGUCUGCGAAAAGCUUGCUACCGCCUUCGGUGGGGUCACGAUCAUUCAAAAGGGCAAGGUGGACUACAUCUCAAACGGCAAGCAGACUCUCAUAUCAGAUGGGGAAGGCGGUCUGAAGCGAUCUGGUGGCCAAGGCGACACUCUUACUGGAUCGUUGGCGACGCUCCUGGCUUACAGGAAGGCAUAUCAUGACAAGAUAUGGGACCAUGACGGCGACCUGAAGGAGGACGAGACGCUAGCUCUCGCGGCAUACGGCGGCUCUGCUAUCACCCGAGAAUGUUCAAGACUCGCAUUCAAAGAGAAAGGACGAAGCCUACAAGCUUCCGACUUGACCGAGCAUGUGCACAGCGCAUUCUUGCACAUCAUUGGCGAGAAGCCUACAGACGAGGCCAAGCUAUGA